UAUCCCAGGAUUUCCCCCUUCUUGGACAGCUGGUGGCGCUGUUGUCCCUUCACAUCGCAGACAACGUGAAGGAGAUUGGCCUGCAGUCAUCGGAGGCCAUGUACCAUCUCCUUUACAUCAUGAUAGCGAAAAUGGGUAAGGAACUGGAGAUGAGGAGUAAGAAUAAGAAAGGCAACAUGGUCAGGUGGGUCAGAGAAGACUUCUUCAUCCCUGGGCCCACCGUCUUCUACAACAACAUCCCCAAAGUGGCAAAGGCUUUUGGGGAGCACCUCAAGCCCAGCCAGAUCACCGAAGUCUUGUUAAAGGCGAUUGACAAGCUGACAGUGGAAGACAGAGCCAUCUCUCAGGCUGCAGGAGUGCUGCUGAGCUCCUUCCUGGAGGAAACCGGAGCCGACAUAGAAGAUCUACCCAUGAUUUUCAGGGAGAUUUAUAACAAUCUCCCUAGAAUAAGAGACACCCGGGCGAAGGGGGAGACAAUAACGGCGCUCGUCCACCUCGCCAUAAGGCGCAUAAAUGGAGUCGUAGACUGCCUUAUAUCUACCUCCAUUGAGGCCAACGGAAGUGCCGCAGUAAUUUGGAAGGCCUUGGUCGCCAAUCCUUAUUGCAGUCUCAAGCUGCUGAAGCCCCUUCUGAAAAGGCUCCAGGAUGAAGAACCCAAUUUGGAAGUCACUAGCAGGCGACACAGCGAGUCUCAAAUGCCAAUGGCGGCUACCAACGCUCUGCGUCUCAUCCUGUCCCUACCUGAGGCAUCGACUGUACUGCAGAACAAGUUCCCCAAGCUAUUGCUUGCACUUACCAGUCAUAUCUAUUUUGUUCUUGGGGCGAGCAGAAGAGGUUCGUGGGCGACGAGUCUCAUCCCGGACCCCUCUUCGCCUCUCACUGCUGUGGAGGCGCUGAAAAACCUUAUUGGCUGUGCUGGAUAUUUAAAAGAAGCUAGCAUUUUGGAGGUGCAAAGGUGCUGGGAGAGGCUGUCAAACCCAGAAAGCUUUCUUGAAGGCAUUUACUUUUUGGCCAGGACCUUAUUCACCUUCAACAAAAAGGACCUGCGAAGGACCUUCAGGGUGGCCGAGGACUACCUGCAAUCCCCUGACAUUAACAAGUUCACGGUCGGGGUGGCCUUCUUCACCGAGCUCCUUUUUCACUCGGAGACAAGCUUAGAUUUCGUGAAGGAGCAAAAGAUUAUGCGCCGCCUGAUGGACUGGAUGGGGCAAGCCAACCCCCACGUGAAGCUCUGCGGCAUCCGAGGGCUGGGCUACAUGCUGCAGCACCCACUGCCGGAAGAGUCCUUGGACCCCUUCGUCUCGCCCCUGAUAAACUGUGCUUCCAACCCAGACGGGCGUGUUGCCAAAGACUCCAUUAAGUGCCUGCAACUCCUGUUCCAACACUUGGAGGCCGAGAAAUACAGUUUAGCCGGGUGCAACCUCUACCCUCAACUCUUGACAUACUUUGAUGAUGAAGACAGAGAGCUGCAGAAUUGCUCCAUCAGUCUUUUCGGGAUGCUGUUGAAGGGCAUAAAGGAAGAGCACAGAAACAGGGCAGAGGACAGCAUCUUCAGGAGCCUCGUCCCCCUGAUAAUCCAUCUGACCGACUAUUGGUGCGGAGAGAAUUGUCGGAUUGUCCUUAACACAAUUGUCACCUUCCUGGAACUCGAGGAGCUGCCCUUUGACAUCUUUGAGAUUGGCCAGCAAGACGGACUGGACUACAGAUACUCACUUAUCUGCAAGUACCUUUUGCGCAGAUACACACACAGGUUGCCAGAAAUGCUAGCGCAGAUGAUGGAAUCCCUAAGGAGCAGGACCCCUGUGCACCGCAAGACAGCGGCCCUACUGCUAGCAUACAGUGCACAGUAUAUUGAACCCGACGUGGUGAGCGCUAAACAAGUAGAAGAUAUAUAUAUGGCAACCUGGGACCUUCGUGACGACAUUAACACAUCCGUGUCCAAAGCUGCAGUGACUGCCAGCGACGAACUGUUAAGACGCUGUGGAGACCAAAUGAAUCCAGAGAUUGUGCCCAGCGAGCAUCGCCUGUCCUUACUAAGAAACAACAUGGCAAGGCACUGAGACCAAGAAGGAAGGAGGUCUUGGGAGAGAGCAGGCAAGCAGCAGGAGCGCUCCUUGCUUUCCACGUGCCACAAAGAGCAGCUGCGUGGAGAGGGCCGGGGCGGCUGGGCUUCCCCUUGGGUUGAGGGCCCUUGCAGAGAACUGGGGCCCAGGAAGGUGCUAUUCUUGUGGGGAAUUUGGACACAUCCAAAAGGACUGCCCCAAAGUGAAAUGCUAUAGAUAGGUAAAUCAACAAAUGUGAAUAUUAAUCCCAUUAUGCUGACCUUUAGGUCUCUUAUAAUCAAAUUGUGUUUACAAUAAAAUAUAUGGGGUCAGUUAACAUUUGGAUUUAUUUAUUUUGCAACGGUUUCUACCGUAAUAAAAUUUGUUUAUUGGUUUU